AAAGUCUCCAGCCCGCUAAACCUGAGUUGGAUUGGACUGGGCCGUCAACGUAAGAGCGCUAAGGAAACUCAAAAGUCUCUUCUUCAUUUCCUUUUUCGGUCCGGCUAAAAUCUCGACAGUUCUCAACCGUCCGGCUAGUCGGCGACCGUCGCUACCGGCAAUGCGGAGAACCGGCGUGACUCCCUCAAUCUUUCUUCUCUUCCUCUUCUUCCUUCUUCUCUCUAAGCCAUCACCUUGUUCCUCCUUUUCUUUCCCCUUUUCCAACUACCAUGCCGUUUUCUCUCUAUCUCAUUCGCUGUUCUCCCGCGUUGCUAAUCUACGGGAAGCUCGCGGAGACUACGAUGGCGCUGCCCGAGCUCGAUCCAUUGCUAGAAAACUGGAGAAUGGUAUGGGUAUUGGUUUCUGGAAAGUCAUGUGGAACGUGGGUUGGGACUAUGCUCGAAAUUAUGCUUGGAGAGAUGCUACGUCGUUUGAAAUGUUCGGUGCUUUCUCUGAUCUGAAUGAAAUUCUGCGAGGUCUUAGCGACUUUUCAAGUGUCAGUUCAGAUACGGAAAGGGUUAAAUGGAUGAAUCGGAAUUAUGAAAAUUUAUUCAGAGUUUCAAAAUCUCUUUUUGGUAAAUUCCGGAAGGUGUUUCGACAACCACAGGGUCCGGUAAAGGAAGUAAUGGAGACACUUCAGAAGGAAGUAUUAGAAGGUGAUUUGCUUAAGGAUUGCCUUGAAUUGGGUUCUACUGAUUUGAAGGGCCUGAUCACGGUUUUGAAGGAUAUUUCUUCAAAAUAUACCUCUACUUUCUCUACCCGGGCAGAGCUGUGACUGAGUGAAGUUGAAACCAAGGUAUUAUGGUUAACUCCCUAACAAGUUUUGUUGCUCUCCGGUACAGUACUAACAGAAGUGUAAAAGCUCAAUGGAGAAGAAGCUGAUUUUUUUGUUUCCAGGCUUGUACUUUACGUGACUUGUUAAGAGCCAAAACUAUGUGAAUAUAUUUGCUCGUAUAGAAGUAGCUGAUUUUGUUCAAUGAUAGAAAGGCUUCUGAAAGGAACUCAAACAAAGCUGAUUUAGUGUGGUGGAACUCCUCUUGUAGAAACUGCCUGACAUGGGCUGUAGCUACAAAAGAUA